AUGGGCGGUUCAUCCUCCCCUCCAUUCCUCUACGAUCCGGUAUCGCAAUGGUCCUUCAACGAAUACCAUAGAGGAAAGCCAUAUAAUCCCAAGGCUGUUACUCAAGCAAGCAGAGCUCCUCGCCCGCAGAGACCCCCUCAGGAGGGUCCAUUGGUGAGCUUUAAUCGCCAUCCCGACUCAUGGGUUGUGCCGAGUCCAAGUCCCCCCAUAGUUCCCAUGAGUCAUCACACCAAGGCUCGCGUGAAGCACACGAGAAGAUUCCAGCUUUUGCUUCGAAUUCUUGCCAUUAUCGGAGCACUGGGUAUCCUGUUUUGCGUAAUUUGCGUUACUGACACAGGAGCUGCUUUGGGGUGGAUAAUUCGCGUUGCACCAUGCGUCGCCAUUCUCCACACUAUUUAUGCAAUCUAUCAUCUUGCGCGCAAUGCUGCUAGUCGACCUCCUGGUACUUCAACAAGUUACCACCUAUUUGCCUCUUGCAUGGAUGCCGGAUUAGUUCCUUUUUACGCCUUCACUAGCUAUAUCGCUUACAGAGAAGUGCAAGGAAAUACCUACGGUUGGAACACCCUUUUCAAAGAUGCAACGAUCCAGGCCUACAUUGUUAAAGUGCUUUUCUACGCCACUGCGGUUUGCGCCGGCUUGCAUCUUAUAUCGUUCGUGAUCUCCAUUUACUUGGCUGUUGUCUUCAGACAGAUUACCAAGUUGCCGCCUGAUAUGAAUCCCUUGGAGGACAACCUCACUGCUCGCCCAUCAAGACGUAGUAAGCGCAGCACAAAGUCAGAUAUGACAGAGAAAAAGCAUAGGAGCACCAGUACAUUGGACUCGGCGUAUUACAGUGUCAGGUCUCACAUGGAUGACGCCCCGGUUGACAUACCAGAGCCUAUCCCUUUCAUGCAUACAAGACAACAGUCUUCGAACUCUGUCAUUGAUCCAAAAAGGGCGUCGCGUACUUCUCUGAAUUCCCACAGGCAGCCGAGAAUUGAUAACGCACCUGGUUCACCACGCAGUCCCAAACAGGCCACGUCACCAUCUACUCCCACAGCAACUCGGACAGCUCAAGCAACCCCGCCUCGACCUCGUUCAAUACUUGAAGAUGCUCCUGUAUUGCAUCCAACUCCUGGUAAUAACGUAUCCGCGAACAUCAGAUGGAGCAGCCCUGUUCCAUCAGAGGGAUCCGGUAACUGGGUGGUUUACGAUUCGCGACCUUCUUCGCCAGCAGUUGACGAGGACGAAGAUAAUGACAACAUGAAACAUCCGAGUCGGAGCAAAAACGAAUCGGCAUUUCCCAUAUUUAAUGGCGUCAGUGACUGGCUGGGCCCAGUCCCGAGAUAUGGCCGCGUUGAAAGUGGCACGCCCCAGAAAGAGGCUCGAGGCCAAUAUGCCGCAUUGGAGACCAAUCCUCAUAUCCACCUAGACGAAGUAUUCAUCAACAAAGAUAGCCUGGAGGAAGACAUUACCGAGUACCUGAACAGAGCCCUUGACCCGUUGAACCCUCUGAGGAUGAACCCUCCAACUCCUCAGCCAAAAGAGAAGUCCGACAACACAACAACUGCUGUAGGCCGGAAGCCUAGUAUUCGCCGUGUUGCGUUGGGUGAUAUUCCCAAUGUCUCUGCAGAUAGAAGCAACGACACUGCGGCCAUCAAUAACGUGGAUUCACCAUCUCCUACAAAGGAAUCCAAGUUAAGGACUUUUGGCAGCUUGAGACUGUGGCCAAGCAAACCCAACAAAACCACUUAUGAAUCUGUCCAAGAAGAAGAAGAAGAAGCUAUGUCUAGCGAUAAUGAGAGUGAUAAUGAUGAUAACGAACCACAAGAAUUGGCAACUCCAAAGCGCCGAACUGCCUCCAAAGCUACACUCAAUGACCAGACGGAUGCUGAUCGCAAAGGACGAGUCGUUAGCAACUCAGGCAUCGAUCUCGGCACCGCAUUCAACACGGGUUUGAGCUCAAAGCAGUAUGGAGAUUAUAUCUCCGGUCUUGGAGUUGGUCGCAGGCGAGAUGUCAGUGGGAAAGUUGCCGAGGAGGGACGCGGCGGAAUUGUCGAGACUACAGCUGAGGUAGUAGAUACUCCGCGUACGCCAGAGAAGAAGAAAGCCACUACUCGCGCUGCGGGCUGGGCUCGCUUUGCGGGACUUUGA